AUGCAUUAUCCGCCGUCCUACAGCUUGUCAAGUCUUGGGUGCACCUCAUAUCACUGCCUCUACCAACUUGCACAACCCUCGUAUGCGUACCCAUUUCACUCUCCCUUUGCCCGUCUUUAUUUUUUGCAUUCGGAGUGGGAGAGAAAGGAUGAGAAAAGGAUAGAGGAAAGGAGACGAGACGAUCUCUUAAAGAUGGAUGAUUUGCCUGCUCUUCUACAGCUAAAGUUUCUGCCGACUUCGUAGUGGCAUCAAGGAGGGGCCCUUGCUUGAAAAUACCAAUCUAGAUUACCACUUACCCCUGAUACCGACAUCGGUAUCCGAACGGCGAUGGCCAGGGACGAUUUCAAGAUCCGCCUCCAGCCGCAGGAUGUCGCGAGCCAGAAGACCCCAAACCACAAAAACGCUGCCAAGGUCUUCAUCCACCCAACCGCCUUCGUCCAAGGUGGAUUCACUACCGCCCAUAUCUGCCUCGUCGAGGCUGAGCCGGGCAUUCGCCUGGAGGCUGUAGCCUGGCCUGCUCCGGACAAGAAUGUUGCCAGCAAUAUUCUUUCCGUUAGCCGGGUCUUUCAGAAGACUGCUGGCCUAGAGCUCGGUCAGAUCGCUCGGGUUACUCCCGGAAGCGGCCCCGUUCCUGCGGCCGGUACCGUAACCAUGGAGGACGUGACCGCCGAUGCCUCCCCGUUGCCGGUCUCCGAGCAGACAAGAUGGCAAUAUCACCUCGAAAGUCGUCUGGAGAUAGCUGAAUACAUCCUGCCGGGAAUAGCGUAUGAAGAUAUUCUGCUGAAUGGCAUAAAACGCUCUUUUGUGGUUACAUCUGUGAAUGGUAGAACUGACACAGUUGCUGGAUAUACCCCCGGUUCCACAGUAGUUGAGCUGGCUAGUGACGACGUGAAUCGAGGGGCUGGGGGGACACUGCAAAUAGAGCCGCUCCCGGGGGCCCUUACUCCAACGCAGGAACUUACCAACUUCUUUCAAGACUUUGACGUCGACUUUGAUGGGUUCACGAUUCCCCCCUUUUCCUGCGGAAUCGUAAUCCAAGGGAGACACGGGACAGGGAAAUCGAUGUUACUAGAUCGCAUCGCUGCGACGAACUGGGGCAGGGUUGUGCGGCUAAACUACAACGACAAGCCUUCCGUUGUUCAGGCACAUUUCAAGACUGCUCUCGAGCAGCGGGACGCAACCAUUAUUCUGAUCGACGAUAUAACGAAGCUGAUAGGGCGGGACCAAUCGAGUCGCCAUGCCAUGGUCGAGGCUAUCGGCGAAGGACUAGAUGCAUUAACGGAUAGGGCACGCCAGCAAAACAGAAGACCCCUCGUUGUCGUGAUCGCUACCUGCCUCGAUAUCCUAAACGACAUACCUCACGAGCUCCAACGCCCCGGACGGUUCGAGGAGCAUAUCACCCUUCCCGUCCCGAAUGCAGAGGCCCGCAGGCAAAUCAUCGAUUUCCACCGGCCACUCUUCGCCGAAGACCGGUACAGUCAGUAUGCAAACGGCCUCGCCGAACGCACCCACGCAUACACAGGUGCGGAUCUGCGCAAAGUCCUCUUCGAGGCUACGAAGGCAUGGAGGAGACGGGGUCGCGGCCCUCCGAAUACGGGACCACUCGAAUGGGAUGACAUCGCACUAGCACUCUCGAAAGUACGGCCGAGCGCUAUGCACGAUAUCAACCUGAAACCGCCCACUGUGCACUGGGGGGACAUCGGCGGUUACAGAGAAGUCAAGGACGCCCUCCGCAAGGUUCUCCGAUUCCCGAAGGGUACUCGCGCAAGGAUGUCGAAGCCGCCCAAGGGCGUGUUGCUCUACGGCCCACCUGGCUGCUCGAAGACCAUGACGGCGCAGGCCAUGGCGGCCGAAUCGACCUUCAACUUCUUCUCCGUCAAGGGCGGGGAACUCCUGAACAUGUACGUUGGCGAGACGGAACGAUCGAUACGCAACCUAUUCAAGCGGGCCCGCGAGGCGAGCCCCAGCAUCAUCUUCUUCGACGAGUUGGACGCCAUCGCGGGGUCGCGGUCGAGCCAGGGCGACAGGGGGGGCGGCGGCGGAGGGGUCCAGGCGCUGACGACGCUGCUCACGGAGAUGGACGGGUUCGAGGAGAUAGGCGAGGUGUUCGUGCUGGCAGCAACGAACAAGCCGGAGCUGCUGGACGCGGCGCUGCGGCGGCCAGGACGGUUCGACGAACUGAUCUACGUGCCACUGCCGGACGGCGAGGCGCGCGAGGCUAUUAUUGCGGCUAAGGCGCGGGAGCUGAGGUUCCCAGCCGAGGAGAUGGACGUGCCGGGGCUCGUGGCGGCGACUGAGGGCUACUCGGGCGCCGAGCUGGCGCGCAUCUGCGACAAGGCCUACUGGGACGCCGACGCGGACGAGAGCGGCGACCUGCCCCCCGCCAUGGACGUGCUGCUCGCCGCGAUCCAGAAGACGCCGAGGCUUGUCACCCAGGACAUGCUAGACCACUACAAAAACUGGAGGGAUAUGUUCAGGACAGGUGCCCAAGCGUGAAGAAGCCAUGACUGCCAUCGUGCGCUCGAUUAGCCACAUACCUAGGUACAGCUACCUACUAAGCCUCAUUUGCUGUGCCUUGGUAUAUAGAUGGAUCCCUCACAGGAAAGAAGGGAUUCUAACCGAUGGGUAUGCGAGGUGAGAAGAACUGUGAAAAGUGCAUCUGUACGACGAAGGAGGAUAUCUGCAAACGGAAGCUGGGGUAGCGUUAUGUCUAUUCAAUUCUCUCGCGGUGCAUAGCGCGCUGCAUAGCGCGCUGCAUUGUAGCAUUUCGGGCUGCGGGUGGACACGAAAAGGGGUAAAAGGAGGCAGGGUUCUUAAGAGGCGGUUUCCCCUAAGCUCGAGUGGUGAGAACGCGGGCAUGCAACUCACCAGGAACAUGGUCAUUUCGAAUGGUCGAGCAGAUAGAGGUAAAAAUGCAAACGAAGAGAGAAAGCAUGGGCAUUUUCUGUGAGGAUGAUCCCCCAAAAAGAACAUCCUGACUUCGUCCAGGCUCGAACUGGAGACCUUCAGUGUGUUAGACUGACGUGAUAACCAACUACACCA